ACCAUCAAUCGAUUUUGGUGUUUACUCGCAAACAUGCACCAAUUCAAAGUAGCCUUUGGCCUUCUAGCCCUUGUCGUCGUCGCGCAAGCGUUCGCGUGGCGCGACCAGCGUCACGUUGGCUUAAACAGCGCGGCUUCGUCCUCGAGCUCGUCGAGCUCAUCGUCGAGCGGUGGUAUUGGCGGUACCCACACCAAAACAAACACGCACGCGACUGGCGGUGCGACCGCUGACGCUGGUGCAACAGCACUUGGUGCCGAGCACGGUGGUUACUACAAUGGCGGUGGAUUCGGCAAUGGUGGAUAUACCGGUGACCACUAUAGCGGUGGUGGUGGUUUUAAUCAAGGAGGCUUUGGUCAUGGAGGCUAUAAUCAAGGAGGUUUCGCUCAAGGAGGCGAAUUUGGAGGACAUUAUGGUGGUGGUAGCGGUGGCUUCGGACACCAGGCUGGCGAAUUUGGACAAAUUGGUGGUGGACACGCGGAAGGAUUAGGAGGCGCUGGUGCGAAUGCCAACGCCAAUGCCAACGCCAAUGCCAACGCCAAUGCUAAUGCUGGUGGUCAUGGUGGAGUAGUUGGUCCAGCAGUCCAACCUAUUGUCCCAGUUGGCGGUUUCGGUCACGGUGGUGGUUUUGAACAUGGAAGCGGCCACUACAACCAAGGUGGUUUCAACCAGGGAGGCUUCGAAAGUGGACACUACCAGCAUGGUAGCUUUAACCAGGGUAGUUUCGAAGGUGGUCAUGGUGGUCAUGGUGGUUUCGUUGCUCCUGGCCCGAUCGUUCCAGUUGGUGGCGUUGGUGGUGGACUUGGAGGUGCUAAAGCCAAUGCUAACGCUAACGCUAACGCUAAUGCCAAUGCUGGUGCUGGUGCUGGCGCCGGUGGAUUAAGCGGUGGCGGUUUCGGUGGCAGUCACCCAGUUCACGGAGGAACUGGAUACACAGGAGCUGGUUUCGGAGGUUCCGGAGCUGGUUUUGGAGGUUCCGGAGCUGGUUUCGGAGGUUCCGGAGCUGGUUUCGGAGGUUCCGGAGCUGGUUUUGGAGGUUCCGGAGCUGGUUUUGGAGGUUCCGGAGCUGGUUUCGGAGGUUCCGGAGCAAAGGCUAAUGCUAACGCUAACGCUAACGCUAAUGCUAAUGCAAACGCCAAUGCUAACGCCGGAUCCGGUGGCAUUGCUUACCCAGGUGGUUUCGGUGGAGCAGUGCCAUUUGGUAGUACUGGUGGUUUUGGCGGUGCUAGCGCUACUGCCAACGCCAAUGCCAAUGCUAACGCCAACGCUGGUGGAUUUGAUGGAUCAAUCUUCUCUCGUCUAGGCGAAGAAGCUGACGCGGAAAACAAGAAAACGGAAGGCACUGUAAGCGGUGCCAAGGGAGUUUACAGCAGCAGCAGUGCAUCUGUUGACGACACUGGCAAGGGAAAAUUCUCAGCCUCAGCUGGCAAGAUCCCCGCGUAAUUUAUCAUAAAUUACCCUGAAGACACGCGCGAUUUGAAAUUUUUUUAUAUAAAAUCUGACUAUUCGAUAAUUUUUAUACCAAUACAUGUAAAUAAGCACGUAACCCUGUGCUAAUCGACGUUGCUGCCGCGAGAGGAAAAGAGAAGUUAAACAUAAAAAGAAGAACGAGGCCAUGCGUCUUCCUCGUGUAUUUUUGCACUUAUAAUUACGCUUACUUCUCGCGCAUGCUGUGUUCUUAGUUCAUAAAUGAAUCACAUUGUGAUAUUAAUAAAUACUGAUAACAUUUAAAUAUCCGGCUAUCAAAAUUAUUAUAGUUACCUAUUUAUCUUUAUAAUAUUUCGAACUUUUUUAUGAAUAUCUUAUUCGUGUAAUUUUUGAUAUUACUAUGAAGACUUUAUAUAUUUUCUUAUUAAAUAAGUCUCAUAUUGGUUAUUUGUCUCGAGCAUUUUUCCAUUUUUACAUGUGUAGUCAAAAACUUGAAUUAUUAUCAAAUCAUAGAAACCAUUUGAUUUUCGUAUCUAAUGAAGAUGAUUUACGAAAUACAAUGAUAAUAAUAAUACUAACGAAUUAGGAAAAAUAGCAUUUAUUUAUGACCCUGUUAAAAAAAGUUUAUUCGAACAAUAUUGUUUUUUUGUUUGCAUAAAUAAUUUUAUUUCGCGACUGCGACUUUAGAUCAUUCUGUCAUGACUGUCGGAUUAUUAUUACAUGCCAAGCUAGAAAAAAGUCUUAGUAUUAUAAAAGUGGUUUUCGUUAUCGUUACGUCUUAUAUUUCCUGCAUAUUCAAA